AUGUCACCCGUGGUGCUAGCGCAACGCCGUUUUCAGACCGACGAGGAGUAUGUCGAAGAGCAGCUGUUGGUGGAUCUAGAGUCAGAACUUCGUCAUGUACAAGCAUUGAAGCUGCAAAACCAGCAACGUGUUGAACAACUGUUACAAGAGCGCAAGUACUUGGAGCAGCAACAGCGACGUUUUCAGCGUCAGCAAGACCGACAAGACACCGGCACUGCUACUGCACGAAUGCUUCAAAUGCAGGAAAAAGAGCGAGAGAGAUUUGCAGCGGCGCAGGCAAAGUACGAGCGUGAGGAAAAGGAAGCCAAGGAUGAGGUCGAAAGGACUCGGCGCUGUCGAGAGCACACCAUUGAGACGCAAGAUGAAGAUCUGGACGACCUCGAAGUGUUUCUGGCUCAGGAUGCAGCCAAUUUUUGA